GCCUCCAUGACAGAGCAGACCACUUCUCACCGUCUCAUUUCAAACUACUGACAGCGCCUUUGUUCUUUUCCACCUUUUCAAUCAACAUUUAAAUGAGAAUUCUGCUCAUUUUGACUUGAAGACACCUUGAUCCUUCAAAGAGUUGAACGUCUCACCUGAAGGAAAUUAUGUCAGCAUCUCAUCGUGAUCUUUCCAGGGACUCUAUGAACACAGAAUGAAAUUUUGAUGAGAUCACUCAGACUCUUCAAGAGGUCAAAGAUGAGCUCACCGAGAGAUGUCCUCCUGGGAAUUCUGGAAGACUUGUUAGAUGAAGACUUUAAAAGGUUCAAGUUUCAUUUGUGUCAUAAAGGGGACUUUGAAGGGUUCAAACCAAUCCCAAAGAGCAGACUUGAGACAUUGGACAGGCUGGACACAGUGGACAAAAUGCUCGACACCUACAGCCUUUGCACUCUUGCAGUCACUAAAAUGGUUUUAGAGAAAAUGAAUAUGAUGGGUAUAUGGGAGAAACACUGGAAAAACAACUCAGAACCUGGAGGGAAUGACGGUCCUCGAGAAGUUCUAUUGUCAGUGAUAUCUAAGAGGUGUCAAGAAGCACUCAAGUCCAAACUGAAGAAGAAGUUCCAGUGUGUAUCUGAGGGAGUCGCUAAAGCAGGAAAGUCCACCCUCCUGAACGAGAUCCACACAGAGCUCCACAUCACAGAGGGGGGGACUGCAGAGGUCAAUCAGGAACAUGAGGUCAGACAGAUCGAAGCAGCACCCAGGACAGCAGACGGAGAAGAAACAAGCAUUAGACCAGAAGACAUCUUUACAGGUACUCCAGACAGAUCUCAACCAAUCAGAACAGUGCUGACAAAAGGAGUGGCUGGCAUUGGGAAAACAGUCCUGACACAGAAGUUCACUCUGGACUGGGCUGAAGACAAAGCCAACCAGGACAUCCACUUCAUAUUUCCAUUCACCUUCAGACAGCUGAAUGUGCUGAAGGAGAAGAAGUUCAGUUUGGUGGGACUUGUUCAUCACUUAUUUAAAGAAACCAAAGAAGCAGGAAUCUGCAUAUUUGAAGAUGUGCAGGUGAUCUUUAUCUUGGACGGUCUGGAUGAGUGUCGACUCCAUCUGGACUUCCACCAGACUGACUUCCUGACUGAUGUUACAGAAUCCUCAUGUGUGGAUGUUCUGCUGACAAGCCUCAUCAGCGGGGAACUGCUUCCCUCUGCUCGCCUCUGGAUCACCACACGACCGGCAGCAGCCAAUCAGAUCCCUGCUGACUGUGUGGACAGGGUGACAGAGGUCCGAGGGUUCACCGACCCCCAGAAGGAGGAGUACUUCAGGAGGAGGUUCAGUGAGCGGGAGCAGGCCAGCAGGAUCAUCUCCCACAUCAAGACCUCCCGAAGCCUCCACAUCAUGUGCCACAUCCCGGUCUUCUGCUGGAUCACUGCUACAGUUCUGGAGAAGGUGUUGAAGAACAGAGAGGGAGGAGAGCUGCCCAAGACCCUGACUGAGAUGUACAUCCACCACCUGGUGGUCCAGGCCAAAGUCAAGAAGGUCAAGUAUGAUGGAGGAGCUGCCACAGAUGACACCUGGAGUCCAGACAGCAGGGAAAUGACUGAGUCUCUGGGAAAACUGGCUUUUGAGCAGCUGCAGAAAGGAAACAUGAUCUUCUAUAAAUCUGACCUGGCAGACUGUGGCAUUGAUCUCAGAGCAGCCUCAAAGUACUCAGGAAUGUUCACACAGAUCUUUAAAGAGGAGAGCGGCCUGUACCAGGACAUGGUGUUCUGCUUCAUCCAUCUCAGCAUUCAGGAGUUUCUGGCUGCUCUUCAUGUCCAUCAGACCUUCAUCAACUCUGGAAUCAACCUGCUGGAAGAGAAACAAACCAUUAGGUUUUUAAAAGUGAUGAAGAAACCUAAACUCCACCAUCUCCAUCAGAGAGCAGUGGACGAGGCCUUGAAGAGUCCAAACGGACACCUGGACUUGUUCCUCCGCUUCCUCCUGGGUCUUUCACUGGAGACCAAUCAGAGUCUCCUGCGAGAUCUGCUGACACAGACAGGAAGUAGCUCACAGACCAAUCAGGAAACAGUUGAGUAUAUUAAGAAGAAACUGCGUAAGAGUAUGACUGCAGAGAGAAGCAUCAAUCUGUUCCACUGUCUGAAUGAACUGAAUGAUGGUUCUCUGGUGGAGGAGAUCCAACAGUCCCUGAGAUCAGGACGUCUUUCUACAGACAAACUGUCUCCUGCUCAGUGGUCAGCUCUGGUCUUCAUCUUACUGUCGUCGGAAGAAGAUCUGAAGGAGUUUGACCUGAAGAAAUACUCUGCUUCAGAAGAGUCUCUUCUGAGGUUGCUGCCAGUGGUCAAAGCCUCCAACAAAGCUCUGUUGAGCUGCUGUGGUCUGUCAGAGAGAAGCUGUAGAGCUCUGUCCUCAGUUCUCAGCUCUCCGUCCUCCAGUCUGACACAUCUGGACCUGAGCAACAACGACCUGCAGGACUCUGGAGUGACGCUUCUGUCUCGUGGGCUGGAGAGUCCUCAUUGUAAACUGGAAGCUCUCAGUCUUUCAGGUUGUCUGGUCUCAGAAAAAGGCUGUGCAUCUCUGGUCUCAGCUCUGACCUCCAAGUCCUCCCUUCUACGAGAGCUGGACUUGAGUUACAACCAUCCGGGAGACUCAGGAGUGAAGUUGCUUUCGGCUGUAGUGGAGGAUCCACACUGCAAACUGAAGACUCUCAGGGUGGACCAUGGUGGAGAGCAGAGGCUCAAACCUGGUCUGAGGAAGUAUUCCUGUCAGCUUCAACUGGAAUCAAACUCAAUGAGCAGAAAACUCAAACUGUCCAACAACAACAGGAAAGUGACAUAUGUGGAGGAAGUGCAGCCGUAUCCUGAUCAUCCAGACAGAUUUGAUUAUUGGAUUCCUCAGAUGCUGUGUGGAAAUGUUCUGAGAGAUCGGUGUUACUGGGAGGUCGAGUGGAGCGGAGGUGUUGAAAUAUCAGUCAGUUACGGAGGAAUUAGAAGGAAAGGAGGCCGUGAGGAGUGUUUGUUUGGAAGAAAUCACCAGUCCUGGAGUCUGCAUUGGUAUAGUGAAUGUUUCUGUGUCAGGCACAACAACAAAGAAACAUUCACCCCCUCCUCCUUCCCUCACUUCUUCUCCUUCUCUGAUAAAGCAGGAGUGUAUGUGGACUGUCCUGCAGGCUCUCUGUCCUUCUUCAGAGUCUCCUCUGACUCUCUGAUCCACCUCUACACCUUCAACACCACAUUCACUGAACCUCUGAUGGCUGGGUUUACAUUCUGGCUCCCUGGUUCAUCUGUGAGUCUGUGUCCUCUACAGGACGAAUGAUCUCUGUCUCUGACAGCACAGAGGAGGAGGAGCCUGUCACAAGGUGGGAGUGGUCUAUCUGAAGGUGGGAGGAGUUUAUCCAAAAAACUCCACAAAAAUAGGGUUUCUUCUUUGUUCCACCUUAUGUUUGUUGCCGUUUUGCUGUUGCCGUGUUUCUUGAAUGUUCAGUCAUAAAGUAAUGUUGCCCUGGGAAAAUUUAGGAACUAAUUAAUUUUGUCCCUAUUAAGUUGGACAUCAGCAUCAAUUAUAUUUUGUCAUGUAAAAAUGUUUGAAUCUACAAGUUUGUUGUGUUACAAUGUGUGAUUUAGAAAUGUGUGGAACUGAUUUGUGAGUGUAAAAAUAUACAGAACACUCUGGAAAUGUGGAUUUGUUUUUAUUUGAUUAUUGGGCUGGAAGGAAGUGUCCAGCUACAUGGACUUGGGUGGAGCCCGGGGAGGAGAAGCAGCCGGAAGAGGACGGGACUGAAAACUGGAGCGGGAGGAAGUAAAAAAGUGAGAGCGGGGAAAAUGGGAAGAUGCAGUGGGAGCUGAGGACAGAGAGAGAACUCCUAACUUGAUAAAAGUUGAAGAAGAGACCAAAAAAACACCCCGUGAAUGCAGCGGCACAUUCUGGCAGUGUCUAAAGGCCCGUUCACAUCGCCAAAUGAUUUCUGUGAUUUUGCGUCCAAAUAUAAUUGAAAAGCAAUGGGGAACGCGCGUUCACCGGCGGUGAAAAUCCUGGAAGGGGUCGGAAGUGUUUUUGCAGCGCGUUUUGGCGUUUUCGAGGUUCGUCGGGGCGUUCUGGCGUCGGCGGGGCAUUUUUGAGGCCGACGCUGAAGUUGAGAAAUCUCAACUUUUGAUGCGGCGUUUUUGCAGCAAACCAAUCAGAGAGCGUCUCUAUGGUGACGUAGGUCAGGGAGCGGGAACCAGAAGAGAUGCACUACAACCAGUCCUCCCUCCCACCGCAGACUCGUCGUCCUCGGGUGCCCGGCGUUGUUCAGCGUCGGACACGGCACCUGCAGCACGGCGUGUUCCGCGGGUUCAUUGCUGCCUUGCAUCGAGGAGAAGGGUUUUUGCAUCCCUUCACAACUGCUAACAGGCCUGCAACAUUUUUCGUCAUCCCUUGGUAAACUAACUGUGAAUGAGGAGUGUGUGUAUGGGGUUGAUUUGUUUUUUCUUAUUGUUGUGGUUUGAACAUUAAUUUGUGUAAAUAUCUAUUGAUGAGCUUCAAAGGUUCGAUUGUGUAUUUUGGUUGCCAUUGGUUGCAUAAACUGAAGAGUGGCAGACUUUUAUUUCUCUUUCCUGAGAAACGGAAUUUAAGUUCUUUACGUUGGUUGAACAUCAAUUAUUCGUUCCAUUAAAUUUUGGCAAACUAUU